CCUCUCCACUGCUGUCUCACGGAAAAACUCCAUAUCGCCCUCCUCCAUGUAGACGCUUGUGCCGGGCCAUACGGUUGAGAAGGGCAGCCGCCUCGUCCCCCCACCGUCCGUAGCUCUCCGCCGACAGUGGGACGAUGGUGAAGUUGCUUGCUCUCGCCUCUGUGCCGUACUUGCUGUGCUUCCUGUCGGCCGCGUCGCGCAGCGCCUUGCCGUCUUCUGCUCCGUUCUGUCUGUUGGUGGCCGCGUGGUGUCUGUUGGUGAAGGGAUCGGGGCGUGUGGGGUGGGCGAUGGUGACGUCGCCGAGCAUGCCUUUUCCCUCCUCCACCCAGUAGAGGUCGAUCCGUUUGCCGUCUGGAUCGUCGGUGGCCGGGUAGACGCCCAGAUGCGCCAGGUUGACCUCUCGGUCGACGGCGAUCUGGACGCUCCUGAUGAUGCGUCGCCACUCCUCGCACAGCAGGUCGUGCCGCCAGAUGCGCUCAUUGCCUGUGCGCAGCAAAAGAGGUGGUCGCUGUAGGGGUCCAGCUGGGUGCCGCACGAGCAGAAGUCCGAUGCGAGUGAAGGGUGUUGGGUGGCGCCGAUCCUCAGACGGCAGCAGGUGACGAAAUCCUCGUUGGUGAAGCGCAGGCCCGGGUGCGCCGGGACCGUCGUCAGCCAGCCGCUAGCUCCUGGGCCUCGACAGCUUCUCAGCCAUGCGCGGUCUCUUGAAUCCUCGCCGAACUCGUCCAGCACGGCGUCUGCUUCGAUGCGCAUCAGGCCGGCCGUCAGGUCGUGUUGUAGCCGUGGCUUUGUGCGUCCCUCAAGCAGCUUGGCCAGUGUGGGCACCUCCGUCUUCGGCAGCUUCUCUUGUAGCUUCUCUCUUGCCGACUCCGCUACCCGUAGCCAUGGCAGCUGCAGUAGUGCUGCCGCUCCGUCCCCCCCUCCCUCCCCCCCUCCCUCCCCCUGUGGCAUCCAUGGCGCCAGCUGGUAGUGUCUCCACACGUAUGGCAGCGUCAUAGCGGUGCAGCCGAGAUAUGCCGCCGGCAGGAUGGCGCUCGCCGCCGUAAUGCCCAUUCCCCCCUCUCUCACUGGUAGCGCCAUCUGUCGUCGCUGCAACUCGGUGGUGUCCUCCUCUCCCCCGUGGAUGGCGAUGAGUGAAUUCAUGAUCCCUCAGUGGCGCCGUGACCUCGGUGGUUGAAGGGCGCUGGGGAAGGAGACGAAGCCAGUAAUACAGCCGUGGGACUGCGCAAGAGCGGAAGAGGAGCGAUGAGUCCUGCCGCUGCUCGUUUGCAAACGCCUUGAGUCGUUCGAUGAGGGGGCGGUGGGAGUCGAAGACGCUCUGCAGCUUGUUAGCGACGUAGCUGUCUGUCCCUCUUGCCCCGCCCAGGAUGUCAAUGCCCUCACCCGAGAGCCCCUCCCUCUCAAAGCCAGGCAGCAGGUCGUCCGGUGGUGGCUCGCUGUCCGUCCAGUGGGGGCCGUACGCCUUGCUCUUCUUCCUGGCCAGCUUGAGGCUGAUAGUCUGCAGCUCUUCCUCCGCCUUGUCCACCACCCCGUCUGCCUCGCUCUCGUCGACCCCCGGUGUGAUGUCGUCCAUGAAGGCUUGUAUGAGGGCGCGUGGAAAGCUGGCUUGAAUGGCCUUGAGUACUGGCUGGAGGGCCAGACAGAAGAGGAAGGGGCCGGCCGGGUCUCCUUGCUGAGUGCCUUGCUGGCUUAGGAUGGUCCUCACUCUGCCGUCUGCGAGUCGAUACCACAGCUCCGCCGGCUCUCCAUAGAACUGCCAGAGAAAGUGAAAGAGCUCGGGGAACUGGCUGGCGAGCUCGUUGACGAUCGCCUGACGGUCCACCUCGUUGAAGGCGUUCGUGCAAUCCAGCGUCGUGAGCAGUCGCUUUUCGCUCUCCCUCCGGCUCUGGAUGAAUGUCUCGGCGGCCUUAAAGAGCUUCUCGUUGCCCGCUGGGGUGCCGACUGCGCACUGGAGAGGGGCGAAGUAGGCGGCCAUCUUGUUUUUGUGCUGCAUGCACACUGCUCUCG